AUGGAAAAGAUAAGCUUUCAGAACAUUCACACCUACAAAAGUGCAUUCUUCAUGGUCAUGGACUACCGUAGUCGUGGAAUUCCGGCGUGGAUGGCAGAGAUAUUGAUUUGUCUCAUGUGUGGAUGCUUCGGAAUGACAAUUUAUGGAAUCGCAGUUCAUUUUAUUUACAGACUGUUUGCUUUGGAGAGACAAACAGUCAAAGACUUUUUCGACUUGGAAAUUGACAACUGCGCCUAUGCGGGUGCUGCAUUCUAUCCAUUGGACAAAAAUGGGACAAGAAUAACAGUAAUUCCUGUAUUCCUUCUAUUCAUUCCAUUCGGGACCAUCUUCAUCCUUCCAAUUUUUGAGAUAAAUUGUCAAUUUUUAUCGGCGCCAAUAACUUUUGUCUAUGCCCUCUAUCCAGCUGUCGACCCGUUGCCAACUUUGUAUUUUGUGGAUUAUUAUAGAAAUGCUAUUACAGAAUUCUUCGACUUCUUGAGAUGUAGAAGCCCCCGAGUUGGAGUAUAUGAAGAGGAACCUUCGAGAAGUGAUAAUCGGAUAUAA